CUUUAGUUCGUUCGUUUUGAAGUAAAUAGGCAGUGCCAGUUUGAAGGCACAAACUGUGGUAGUGUUAAUUUUCCACAUUGCAGAAGUUCUUGAUCUUCUUUCUUUAUCGGAGUACAGAAGUUAUGUGGACCUGCUCCAGCAAGCCCUCACAGAUACUCCAGCAGUAAAUGAGAUCCAUAUAGUGUCAACAAUCAAACUACAACCAAAAGCUGUUGCCGUCAUUUUCGGACUUUAUUCCACAAGAAGCAAUAUGAGAUACUUCGAAUUUUCAGUUCUGGGUCGACUGAAUAAAGUCAGCAUCCGAUACUUGAAAAACGACGGGAAGCCACAGGUGACCACCUUUCACAACAUUCAUCUGGCUGAUGGGAAGCGCCACGCUGUCCUCCUGCAGAUAAAGGGGUUGCAGCAAGGGCCUGCGAUGGCCAAGCUCUACGUGGACUGCACGCAGGCUGGCUCAGCUCACAACCUGCCACCGCUCUUCACAAAGAUGCCACAGAGUGCCGACUCCAUUGAAAUCCGGACAGCCCACAGAAGGGCACAGGACUCUGUAGAAGAUGUGAAGUUUGUCCUGGGAGGGUCAAUCGACAAAGUGGCAGCACUCCAGGACUGCAUGCUACAGCAAAGUGAUUCUGCUGGGAUUGCGGGUGAUUCUGGGAGACAUUUGGUUGUGCAGAUGACACAACUCAAUGAAGUGCUUGCAGAAAUGAAGCAGCUUCUCAGACAGCAGGUUACAGAAACCACCUUAUUACGACAUACGAUUGCUAAAUGUCAGGCAUGUGAUAUCGGACUAACUGACCUGGAAGAGCUCAAUCGUCUCGUGGUCCCCACCAUCCCUAAACCACGCUGUACUGCUAAGUCCUGUUUCCGUGGAGUGAAGUGUAUCGAGACCGGGGAUGGAUUCCGGUGCGGACCAUGUCCGAGAGGGUUUGUAGGCGAUGGCACUCGAUGCAUUGAUGAGGAUGAGUGUCAGAUAAGCCCAUGUUCUGCUGGAGUUCGCUGUGUGAACACCGUCCCCGGGUACAAGUGUGAGGACUGUCCAGCAGGAUACACUGGUGGGAGUGUUCAAGGGGUGGGAUUGGAGUACGCAAGGUUAAAUAAACAGGUCUGCGUUGAUAUAGACGAAUGUAGUGAUGGAAGGAAUGGAGGCUGUGCACCCAAUUCCCAGUGUAUCAACACCAUGGGAUCGUACCGAUGUGGAGACUGUCAGAGCGGGUACGUAGGCGACCAAGUGAGAGGCUGCAGACCUCAGAAGAGCUGUAACAACAAACUGCUGAACCCCUGCCACGCUAACGCACAGUGCUUUCUGGAAAGAGAUGGAAUCAUUUCUUGUAUUUGUGGAAUUGGUUGGGCUGGAAACGGCUACAUCUGUGGCAAAGAUACUGACAUCGAUGGAUAUCCUGACCAGGAGCUCAGAUGCCCUGAUAAGAGCUGCAGAGAGGAUAACUGCAUCUUUGUUCCUAAUUCUGGGCAAGAAGAUGCUGAUGGCGAUGGAGCAGGUGAUGCUUGUGAUGAUGAUGCGGAUGGAGAUGGCAUUUUUAAUGUGCAGGAUAAUUGUGUGCUGGUCCGAAACAUUAAUCAGCUGAAUAUUGAUGAAGAUAACUAUGGUGAUGCUUGUGACAACUGUCGAUUAUCAAUUAACAAUGAUCAAAGAGACACAGAUAACGAUGGGAAAGGUGAUGCCUGUGAUGAUGACAUGGAUGGAGAUGGGAUCAAAAAUUUCUUGGAUAAUUGCCAGCGAGUUCCCAAUGUGGACCAGAAGGACAAGGAUAACGAUGGCGUCGGAGAUGCUUGUGACAGCUGUCCUGAUGUGAUCAACCCUAACCAGUCUGAUAUUGACAAUGAUCUUGUUGGAGAUUCAUGUGACACAAAUCAAGACAGUGAUGGAGACGGGCACCAAGACAACAAUGACAACUGCCCCACCAUCAUUAACAGCUCCCAGCUCGACACGGAUAAGGAUGGGCUUGGAGAUGAGUGUGACGACGAUGAUGAUAAUGAUGGAAUUCCAGAUAUUCUCCCGCCGGGCCCAGAUAAUUGUAGGCUGGUAGCCAAUCCAGGGCAGGAGGAUGAUAACUUUGAUGGAGUUGGAGACAUUUGUGAAGGUGAUUUUGAUCACGACACCAUCAUUGAUAGAAUAGAUGUUUGUCCUGAGAAUGCAGAAGUUACCCUAACAGAUUUCAGGGCCUACCAGACUGUUGUCCUUGACCCGGAAGGGGAUGCACAAAUUGAUCCAAACUGGGUGGUGCUCAACCAGGGAAUGGAAAUUGUGCAGACAAUGAACAGUGAUCCUGGCCUGGCAGUAGGCUAUACCGCUUUUAAUGGAGUUGAUUUUGAGGGCACGUUCCACGUCAACACCAUGACCGAUGAUGACUACGCUGGGUUCAUCUUUGGAUAUCAGGACAGCUCCAGCUUCUACGUGGUGAUGUGGAAACAGACAGAGCAGACGUACUGGCAAGCCACCCCGUUCCGUGCCGUGGCCGAGCCGGGGAUCCAGCUCAAGGCAGUCAAGUCAAACACUGGACCUGGGGAGCAUCUACGAAAUGCACUCUGGCACACUGGAGACACCACAGAUCAGGUCCGGCUACUAUGGAAAGACCCCAGAGAUGUGGGUUGGAAAGACAAAGUCUCCUACCGCUGGUUUUUGCAGCAUAGACCCCAAAUUGGAUAUAUCAGAGCAAGGUUCUAUGAAGGUUCCGAUCUGGUGGCUGAUUCCGGGGUUACCAUAGAUACCACCAUGCGAGGAGGCCGACUGGGAGUGUUCUGCUUCUCUCAGGAAAACAUCAUCUGGUCUAACCUGAAGUACCGUUGCAAUGAUACAGUUCCAGAAGAUUUCCAGGAGUUCGGAGCACAGUAGCUGUAACCAAUUACUUGCAAAAGGAAAGACUAUAGAGGAGGUAUCCAUGUGGAGCUGGUCCUGAAUAUCUGAGCAGGAAAACAGCUGUGAACAAAAUGUGUUCAGCAAGAAAUGCUGAAGUUUAUGUACAGAGAUGGUCCAUCUCUGAGAUAACCAGGUUGGAUACAUAUUAAAAAUUGCAAUAAACAGUUUUA